GAGCUGCGCACGCGUCUGCUUGACUCAAUGAGUUUUUUUUCCCACUUUAAUCGCGCAGCUGACGAAUGUAGAGGUUAUUUCAGGAGGUUUAGGGAGAGAGAAUUUGAAGAGAAGCGCGUGAGGAUAAAGUCCGCGGAAGAAUAUUCUUUGGAGGUGGAGAGUGCUUGCUUGCGGGGAGUUUUGCUGAGUGGGAAGCUGCUGAUUCGGACACGGAAAGCCGGUCUUUGCCGAAAGAACGCGGUGUGAUCCCCGGGACAUUCCAGAGAGAGGCGCGAGCCCCCCGGGCUGCAAGCUCCGCCAUCCGCACAGCAGUAGCAGCAGCAGGGGGAGGAUGGAGAACGCCUGGCUCCUCCUGACUCUAACAUUCUGCACACUGGCAAACGGAGAGCUGAGGCAGUCAGUCUCAGCAACAAAAAUGCCAUGGCCUGAGGAAUUCUAUCUUGAACAGUCUUUUGAGAAUGAGCCCAUUGAGUCUGGAAAUUGGCCAGUUGACGACGAUGAUUAUGAUAAUUCUGGAUCAGGCUCAGGGAAUUUUGAAACUAAGGUACAAAUGGUCACCUAUAAUCCUGCACAAGUGAACCCAGACGUCAAACCAACUAGUGGUGCACCUAAAUCAGUAACUAUGGGAAUAGAUCCAACCACACAGAAAAAGAUGGGCAGGAAGCCUACCCGAACAGAGGCAAGUAAACACAACAUGGUUUAA